GGAUGGAGCCGGCAGAGCCCGCGGCUGCGCUCCUCAACCUGUCCCGAGCCGCGGCAGAGACGCCCCGCGGGGAGUUCAACCUGUCCGGGCUGCCGGAGGCCGAGGGGAAGCCCCUCUUCGGCAUCGGCAUCGAUAACUUCAUCACCUUGAUCGUCUUCGGUUUAAUCUUCACCCUGGGGGUGCUGGGCAACACCCUGGUGAUUACGGUGCUGGCGAGGAGCAAGCCGGGCAAGCGCCGCAGCACCACCAACAUCUUCAUCCUCAACCUGAGCAUCGCCGACCUGGCCUACCUGCUCUUCUGCAUCCCCUUCCAGUCCACGGUCUACGUGCUGCCCACCUGGGUGCUGGGAGCUUUCAUCUGCAAGUUCAUCCACUACUUCUUCACCAUCUCCAUGCUGGUGAGCAUCUUCACGCUCUCAGCCAUGUCUGUGGACCGGUACGUGGCCAUCGUGCACUCGCGACGCUCCUCAGCCUUGCGUGUUCCCCGCAACGCGAUGUUGGGUGUGGGGCUCAUCUGGGCACUCUCCUUCGCCAUGGCCUCGCCUGUGGCUCACCACCAGCGCAUCUUCCACCGCGAGACCAGCAACCAGACCUUCUGCUGGGAGUUCUGGCCCAACCCACGCCACAAGAAGGUCUACGUGAUUUGCACAUUCGUCUUUGGAUAUCUGCUCCCACUGCUGCUCAUCUCCUUCUGCUAUGCCAAGGUUCUUAAUCAUCUGCAUAAGAAGUUGAGAAACAUGUCAAAGAAGUCAGAAGCAUCCAAGAAAAAGACAGCACAGACUGUGUUGGUGGUGGUAGUGGUUUUUGGCAUCUCCUGGCUUCCUCAUCAUGUGAUCCAUCUCUGGGCUGAAUUUGGAGUUUUCCCACUGACUCAAGCCUCAUUUCUCUUCAGGGUAACUGCACACUGCCUGGCUUACAGCAAUUCUUCUGUGAACCCAAUCAUAUAUGCAUUUCUCUCUGAAAAUUUUAGGAAGGCCUACAAGCAAGUCUUCAAAUGUCAGAUUGGUAAUGAGACAGUUCUGAAUGAUGCUAAGGAAAAUAAAAGUCGGAUAGAUACACCACCCUCUACCAAUUGUACCCACGUGUGAAUGUUGAGAAGCCCUGUAUGUUGGCUCUUCCUUUAUGUAAACUGAACACCAAGAAAAAAAAAGCACAAUGAGCUUUAUCCUGGGUUUAUCUUGAUAAAGCUAAUUGGUAUUUAAUGUACUGAAGUUGCAUUUGUAACCAAAGUUUGUGAAACUCAUACGAAAGACACCUGGGCUGAUCUUUUGCCUCUUAGAUAGCAUUGUCAAAUAAAGCUCUUGGACUUUCUUAGAUAUUUGAGGAAAAAAAUGUUGAGAUGAUGUCUCUCCAUUCUUGCUAAGCAUACAAAGGUAUAAGAAGAAGAUGUUGAUGAUGUGGACAGGUAACUUUCUGACAUCUUACUCCGUGAAAGUGAAAAAUGGAUAAAUUUUCUGUCCUACAGAUAAUAAAUACUGGACUACUAUGAUUUCAAAGAGGAAAGUUUUUGUUCUCUCUUCAGAUUGUUUUGACAAUGUGUUUUUUCAAACAUGGUCUCUGAUUUGGAGCUGGAAUAAGUUGUGUACACCUUGAGGCAAUUGCUUUAGAGAGGAAUGCUGUUUCUUUCUGUUUAGCUGGUUUUAAUGUGUUAUACUGAGCGAGGAUUGAUUGGUUUUCCACUUCAUAUGGCUGCCUUACUCUAUACACUGAAAUUUUGUGUACACUAUAUAGGGGCUUUUUUUAUGGCCUGUAUGUAGUUGUACCAAAAUGUGGAUUUGUGUCUAAGUGAGGGAAGCUUUUCUUCCUGUGCUGCAUGUGCACGUGUAUGUAUGUUUCCUUAAUCUCAGAGGCUUUGAGAUGGAGAUACAGUU